AUGCUUUCUUUAGAGAUAGACUACCCUUAUCACCCUAAACAUCCCCUUAAGUUCCUCACUAAAGAAGAACGUCAUUUCUCCGAUGGGAAAUGUCGUAUAUGUGGAAAAUAUUUAAGAUGGAAAUUUUAUCAUUGUUCAAUCUGUAAAUUUAGUGUGGAUGUUGAUUGUGUGAGGGAUCCUCCACCGCUUACAAUCUUAUUUCCUAAGGCUCAUGAACAUCAACUCAGCCUUACACCAAGGAAAAUAUCUUUUGACUGUGAUGCUUGUGGGAUGGCGGGUGAUCGGAGUCCUUAUUCAUGCCAACAAUGUUAUUUCAUGAUUCAUCAAAGCUGUAUUGACUUACCGGAGAUCAUCAACGUCAACCGUCACGAGCAUCGUCUUUCUAGACGUCUUCAUCUAAGUCUUGGGAGUUGGGUAUGCGGAUUUUGUCACAAAAACGUUGACUGGUCUUAUGGGGCAUAUUCUUGCUCGAUUUGUCCUAAUUAUGUCAUUCAUUCUAAAUGUGCAAUACGAUAUGAUGUAUGGGACAAGUUAGAGCUGAAAGGGAUACCAGAAGAACCUGGAGAUAUCGAACCAUUUAAGGUAAUAGAUGAAAACUUGAUAUGUCAUUUUAGUCACAAGGAACAUUAUUUACAACUCAACGAGGAAGGUAUCAUAUCCGGUGGAAGCAUUCGUUGUGAAGCAUGUGUCUUACCUAUAUAUUCUCAAGCAUUCUAUAGCUGCGUGCAAUGCAAUUUCAUUCUCCAUAAAACAUGCGCUAAUCUUUCUAGAAAGAAACGACAUUUUUAUGACGACAAACCAUUAACUUUAAUAUGUGGUGACAAGAUAGAGCGUUAUUGUAACAUGUGUGAAGAAUAUUCUGAAGGUUUCAAGUAUACCGACUUUCAAUACUUCAGUUUUGAUGUUAAGUGUGGCACACUUUCUGAUUCUAUCAUCCAUGAAAGUCAUCCAUGCACCUUGUACUACAACAACGGGAAGCCUUUGGGAUAG